AUGAUACCAAAAUUAUUGUCAAUAUUAUUUGGAACAAUCAGUACAAUGAUAAUAGGUUUCUAUUGGUACUCAGUUAUUUUUCGUGAUCGAUAUAUGAAAGAGGCUAAUGUGAAAUUAGAAAAAGAAAAGGAGAACAAUUAAUAAAAUAAUUAACCUUUAUUUUUAGAAUUGGCAGGAAGACUUUUAUAAGCUUGUUUAAUAACAAUCUUUUACAACAUUUUAAAGUUAAAAGUAAUGAAUCAAAUUUAUAAUAGGAUGAACGUGAUUUAAUUUUGGCGCUUUCUUUAGCUGUGUUUUUUUGUAUAAGUUUUCAAGUACAAUAUUAUACAUCGAAAGUUGUUUGGGAAUACAAGACAUGGAAUUAUUUUGUUAUAAAGAUGUGUGAACAAUUUAUUUCGUUCUCCACUCUUUCCAUAAUUGCAUACAUUUUUGUAAAGUGA